CGGAGGACUCGCGGGGCGCGGCGACCCUGAGGGGCAGGGCUCCGGGGCGCGGCCGCGGGAGGUACUCAGGCUCGCUGCUCAGGCGCGUGGCGAGGGCAGAACGCCGGCCCCCUGGAGCAGCGAUCCAUAUUCAGCUGGUGAGAGCCUCUUGAAGUUUUAACCUCUGGAUCCUUCUGCCAUAUCUUUUAGAUUACUAAUUAAGUCCUUAUGGAUGAAAUUAUAUGAUUGGAAUUUAUUUCAGAAUAACCCAAAGGAUGUUACUGGGUUUAUAUCAGUAUUGAAAGUUUCUAUCUUUGGUGGGACAUUGGAAAUUGAAUGUAAUGGCAGCAGAAUUUAUAAAGAGUUGCUGUAGAGGAUGUUUCUAUGGUGAAACAGAAAAGCACAAUUCUUCUGUGGAAAGAGACCUUAAAGCAGCAAUCUCAAAUAGUCAGACUACCACUGUCUGUAUACCUCCAUUGACCUCUGUGUCUGUAAAACCUCAGGUUGGCUGUACUGAGGAUUAUUUGCUUUCCAAAUUACCCUCUGAUGAAGAAGUACCAUUUGUGGUGCCUAAGUUUAAGUUAUCUUAUAUUCAGCCCAGAGCACAAGGAACUCCUUCUCAUCUGGAAGAACUUGAAGGAUCUGCCAGAGCAUCUUUUGGAGAUCGAAAGGUGGAACUUUCGGGUUCGGCCCAGCAUGGGCCGAACUAUGAUGUAUACAACCCAUUCUAUAUGUAUCAGCACUUUUCACCUGACUUGAGCCGGCGCUUUCCUCCUCAUUCAGAAGCGACAAGACUGUAUGGAUCAGUUUGUGAUCUAAGGACCAGCAAAUUUCCUGGUUCCCCCGGCCUAAGCAAAUCUAUGUUUGAUCUUACAAGUUCAUCUCAGAGAUUCAUCCAGAGACAUGAUUCAUUGUCUAGUGUACCCAGCAGUACAUCUUCAAGAAAAAAUUCUCAGGGGAGUAACAGAAGCCUGGAUACAAUUACUCUCUCAGGAGAUGAGAAAGAUUUUGGCAGAUUGAAUGUGAAAUUGUUUUAUAAUUCUUCAGUGGAGCAGAUAUGGAUCACAGUUUUACAGUGCAUAGAUUUAAGUUGGCCUUCUAGUUAUGGUGAUACUCCCACUGUUUCUGUAAAAGGAAUACUAACAUUGCCCAAACCAGUGCAUUUCAAGUCAUCAGCAAAGGAAGCUUCUCAUGUCAUUGAAUUUUUGGAAACUUUUGUAUUUGCUAUUAAACUACAACAUUUACAAACUGUAAGACUUGUAUUUAAGAUUCAAACCCAAACUCCCAGGAAGAAAACCAUUGGAGAAUGCUCUGUGUCACUCAGAACUCUCAGCACACAGGAAAUGGAUUAUUCUUUGGAUAUAAUACCACCUUCAAAAUUUUCUGUUUGCCAUGCAGAACUUGAACUGGGGACUUGUUUUCAAGCAGUAAAUAGCAGGAUUCAGCUUCAAAUUCUUGAGGCACGGUACCUUCCAAGCUCAUCAACACCUCUGACUUUAAGUUUUUCUGUGAAGGUGGGAAUGUUCAGCUCAGGAGAGUUGAUUUAUAAGAAGAAAACACGAUUACUGAAGGCCUCCAGUGGAAGAGUGAAGUGGGGAGAGACGAUGAUUUUUCCACUUAUACAGAAUGAAAAGGAAAUUGUUUUCCUCAUUAAGCUUUAUAGUCGAAGCUCUGUAAGAAGAAAACACUUCGUGGGCCAGAUUUGGAUAAGCGAAGACAGUAAUAGCACUGAAGCAGUGAACCAAUGGAAAGAAACAAUUGCAAAUCCAGAAAAGGUUGUUACCAAGUGGCACAAGUUCAAUCCAUCCUGAAGACUUCACACAUUAAUUUGAUGAAGAAACAACUUGACAUUCUUUUAGAAGACUUAGAAUUUUAAUUCGCCAAAAAUUAUAAUAAAUUUUAUCAGAUAUACAAAGUGAAGGAAAUGCUUUAAAAUAGUGCCAGAACAGACAAAAAUAAAAGGGUAGUAUUUUGAUGGCAGUUAAAUAACAUGAAGUCUAUGAGAAUAUCAACCACACGUAGGAAUUUCUGUAUUAUGUUUUUGCUUUUUUUUUUUUAAGUUUUACCUAGACUUUUUUUUUUUUUUUUUUUUUUUUUUAAAUAAACCUAGUAUAGCAAGUCCCUGUUGUACUACUAGAUAUUUAGAUGACUAUACCUUUGUUUCAGUGCUAGGCAUUAUUGAUCAUGUUUUGGUUCCACUGUCUGCCUCUUCCUAUAUCUUUUCUCUCAGCAAAACUGAAUUGAACCAUUUCAAUUAUUUUCUAUAUUUGGGGAAAGUUCAUGACCUGUGUUUAUAAUUUAUUACCUAUAAGACAUUACAUUGUUAUUUUGUAAACAACUUACCUCCAAGAAACUUCAAAAAUAGAAACUACAUUUAGACAAGGAUAAACAAAAAUACCAGAAGGUUGAAGUUUAAUUGGAGAUGCAGAAUCAUAUUUAUUUUGCUCUUUCUCUCCCUUAGAUAUUUUAGUCUUUGUUUUAUUUGGAGUUGAAAUAAGAUUAUCAUCCAUAUGGUCCAUCCUAACUAGCAGAAUUGAAUGAGUUUAAAUAGAAAAUUAAAUAUUUUAUGAUAAUCAUUUCCUCACUUUUAAUUUUUUAAGUACAAAUUACUUGUUCCAUAAUCUAUAAUGUUAGAGUAUUUUUUCAUGUUUUUUAUAACUAUACCUGAUAACAUUGUAUAGCAAAUAUUUUCUAUUGCAGGUUUCUUUCAGAUACUUAUUAGAACUCAGUAUAAGGGGAUAAUUUCAGCCUAGUUGUCCAUAUGAACCAUGGCCUAAAACAACAACUUACUACAGCUCAAAACAACAGCUUUUUGGGGAAACAAAUAACCAUACUCCUAAUUUAUUAGAAAAAUAUGACUUUAUUUUUGCUAGUAAGUAGACUUAUGUGCUCUGUUUUCUUGGUUUUCUAUUUUUCUUUCUUUGUCCUAAACACGCCGAGAGAUGGUAAUAUUUCAGGCUAUAAGUAUACCUUGCUAUAACCUAAGCAUUCCCUUUUCAUUCUGGUUCCUGUGUUCUAGGUAUAUCAUUAAAAUUUCCCCAAAUAAAUACUUAGUUCUUUUGCCUAGA